AUGUCACAGCUAAGUAAGAAUCUGGGUGAUGCCAGUCCCCCGGCCGAGGCGCCCAAGCCUCCGGUCUAUAGCCGCCCCACCGUCCUGAUGCGCGCCCCGCCCGCCUCCUCCCGGGCGCCGCCGGUCCCCUGGGACCCGCCUCCGAUGGAUCUGCAGGCGUCGCUGGCCGCCUGGCAGGCACCGCAGCCCGCCUGGGAGAGCGGGCAGGUCCAGCCGCCCGCCCCGGUGGCGGCGGCGCUGGCUCAGCCGCCUGCCCUCGGGGGUCCCCCGCUGGUCCAGGGGCCCCCGCUGGGAGGGCCGAUGGGCAAGCCCCCGACCACCGGGGUCUUGAUGAUCCAUCCGACCCCUCCGGGAGCCCCGCUGGCGCAGCCUCCGACGCCGGGGGUCCUGAUGAUGCAUCCUUCGGCUCCCGGGGGCCCCCUGGCCCCGCCUCCCCCGCCCGGGACCCCGAUGGCGCCUCCUCCUCCUCCCGGGACCCCGCUGGUGCCGCCUCCACCGCCCGGGACCCCCAUGGUGCCGCCUCCUCCUCCCGGGACCCCGAUGGGGCAUCCGGCCCCUCCGGGGACCCCGAUGGCGCAGCCGACGGCUCCGGGAGUCCUGAUGGCGCAGCCUCUGACUCCUGGGGUCCUGAUGGUCCAACCUGCUGCUCCGGGAACUCCACUGGCCCAGCCGCCGCCCCCGGCAGCCUUGAUUGCCCAGCCUCCGCCUCCGGGAGCCCCGAUGGCCAAGCCUCCAGGUCCGGGAGUCCUGAUGCUUCAUCCGACGGCCGCGAGAGCUCCAAUCAACCAGCCGGCGGCGUCUCCAGCCCCGAUGGCGCAGCCGACGGCGCCCCCUGCGCAGCCCCUGGCAUCCUGGGCCCCGCAGGCUCAGCCUCUGAUCCUGCAGAUCCAGUCGCAGGUUAUAAGGGCGCCUCCGCAGGUCCCCCAGGGCCCGCAGGCGCCGCCAGCCCAGCUGGCCACUCCCCCCGGCUGGCAGGCCACCUCGCCCGGGUGGCAGGCUCCUGGGCAGGGCUGGCAGGGCCGCUCCCUGGGCUGGCAGGCGGCGCAGGUCACCUGGCAGGCACUCACAUCGCUGGCAGCUUCAGCCCCAGCUGCGCAGAGGGGCUGCUUCCCGUCCACCUCCCAGUUCCAGCCGGCCUCGUCUGACGCCUUCAAGGGGCCCCCCGCCAUCCCGGAGCUGCCCAGGUCGCUGCCCCUGGCCCCCAAGGAUCCCUUUGCCUAUGCCGAGGCCCUGCCUGCCGUGCCCUGGGUCCCCCAGCCCAAUCUGAAUGCCCCCAGCGGGUCCAAGGCGGAGCCCACCAUGCUGAUGGCCACGGCGGCGGCCCCCCAGGCCAUGGCCUUCCCGCAGGAGGGUUCCAAGACCCCCGACGAGCCCCCCCGGCGCCCCGGGGGCAAAGCCACCCGGAAGAAGAAGCACCUGAACACCGAAGAGGAGGACGACUACUACGCUGAAGACAACGCCCGCGGCGGCCGCGGGCUGGCCAUGCGCAACUGGCAGCCCCCGCGUCGCUGGGCCAACAUGAACUAUAAUGACUGGGAGGUUCUGGGGAACUGGGAGGACCCCAUCGCCGCCGCCCGCGAUCUGAGUGGCUGGGAGGGGCCGAGCACCUCCCGGAUCCUGAGUGGCUGGGAGGGGCCGAGCACUUCUUGGGCCCUGAGCGCCUGGGAGGGGCCGGGCACCUCGAGGGCCCUGGGUGCGUGGGAAAACCCGGGGAACCCCCACUCUCUGAUGCUUUCUGAGCUCUCUGGCGUGCCCCUGGGGGUGGGGACCAGCCAGGAUGAGCCCAAGGGGGAGGCGGGGCCCGUGUCCCCCUUAGAUGAGAGGGCCAACGCCUUGGUGCAGUUCCUCCUGGUCAAGGACGGAGGCAACGUGCCCAUCAGGCGGUCCGAGAUGGUGAAGUUCAUCAUCCGGGAGUACAAGGACCAGUCCUUGGAGAUCAUCAAGCGCGCCAACCACAAGCUCGAGUGUGUCUUUGGGUAUCAGCUGAAGGAGAUAGACCCCCAGACCCACUCUUACAUUAUCAUCAACAAGUUCGGGGGCGGGCCCGUGGCCUCGCAGCCCCCCUGCCUGGAGGUCCCCAAGCUGGGCCUCCUCAUGGCGGUCCUGAGCCUUAUCUUUAUCAAAGGCAAUUGCAUCCGGGAGGACCUGCUCUAUAGCUUCCUGGAGAAGCUGGGGCUGGAUGUCCGGGCGGAGCACGGUCUCCUGGGGAACGUCAAGAAGCUCAUCACUGAGGAGUUUGUCAGGCAGAAAUACUUAGAGUACAGGGAGAUCCCCAACACCCAGCCCCCCGAGUACGAGUUCCUCUGGGGCCCCCGGGCGUUCAUGGAGAUCAGCAAGAUGCUGGUGCUCAAAUUCCUGGCCAAACUCCAUAACAAGGAUCCCGAGUGUUGGCCCUUCCACUAUUUCGAGGCCCUGGCCGAGUGCGAGUCCGAUGAUGAGUGGGAUUACGAGGAGCUGGGGCCCUACUACGGUCGCCCCGGGGGUCGCUUCCGCAGGUCCCGUCCCCGCUAA